UGAAGUCCAACGGCCAUAGACGUCUCUGCGCAGAACUGCUGUUUUUAGUUUCCGCGUACUUCCCCAGCCACGGCUCCUGAAAGGGAACAGAAAGUGGAUGAAAAGCUUUAAACGGUACUGGGAGGACUGGGAGGACUGGGGGCUCUGGGUAGAGGAGCGGCGCGUGGCGGACCUUUCGGAUCAACAUGUCAGCGGCUCUCCUGGUUCUCCUGCUGAUGGUUUGUGCUCUAAACGCAGUGGAAUCUGGAAACCUCAGCAGUCCAACCAACGUCCGGCUGAGUUCCAGGAACCUGAACCUGAUCCUGACCUGGGAUCCGCCUGCAGGAGCCCCCAGCGGGCUGCUCUACACCACUAAGACAUUGAGUAAAAUUAAAAACUACACACAAGGCUGCGAGAACAUCGCCACCCACCUGUGUAACCUCACAUCCUUCGAAUACUCCGUGUAUGGGUCGUAUAAAGGGCAGGUCCGGGCAAUGCUGGGAGCAGAAACCUCCGACUGGGUGGAGAGCAACUGGAUCACUUUGGACAAAGACACCAUCAUCGGUCCUCCCACGGUGUCCCUGAUCCCCAUUGGUCAAACUCUGGAGGUCAGCAUCAAAGAUCCAGACUUCCAUCUCUCCUCCCUGAGGGAAGUCUUCAAUUUUCCCACCUACUACAUCACCUACUGGAAGAAAGACCAGAAAGAAGAGCCAAAGCACAUCAGCAACAGUGAGCAGAACCGAGAGGUUCUGGGAGAUCUGGAUCCCCUGACCGAGUACUGCGUACAGGUCCACAUCAGAACCUUAAAGAAAAUGAACCACAGCGAGCCCAGCGACGUCAUCUGUGAGAAAACCGGCCCCAAAGAGCAACCUCAGUGGAUUCCAGCCUUGUCCGUGUUCAUCUGCAUGUUGGUGAUCCUGGUUCUGAUCCUGCUAACCGUCCUGAAAUGGAAAAGGAUCUCCCAGUUCCUCUGGCCGAAGGUUUCCCUGCCGCAGCACUUAAAAGAGUCUCUGCUGGCGACGUCCAAUUCCUCGGUUUCUUUGGCCGUUCAGCCGACCGAGACGAUCGACCCGGUGAGCGUGGUCAUGCUUGAGGAAGGCAGCCCUCUGGUGUUAACAAAGACCGGCCAACAGCCGAACGGCGCCGUGGAGACGGGAAGAUAA